GGCCAUAACCUAUUUCUCAAAAGCCCAAGUUCAAUACUUAUUACACUUUUCUCUCAAACUCAAAAGCUGCUGCUCAAAAGAUUUCUCAUCUUCCAACAGGUAAUUUCACUCCUCCCAAAGGGACCAUAUUUUGGGGCUAUGUGAAAUGCAUUUAAAUUGUGUUGCAGCAAUCAGACAGUAGUAAUUUAAUCAUCAUAGUGGAUAUCCAGUUGAAGAGGAAAAGUAUAUGGUUGCCCAGAUUCUUGAAACUUAAUAUGCACCCAUAGGCUUAGUGAAGAUUUCCAGACAACUGGAGCCAAAAAUAGAAGCAGCUCUGAUAUGGCUUAUGGAGGCACAAAUGUCAAUCCAUUGGCAGCAACAGGUGGUUCAACAACAAUGAGGCAGGUGAAGCUGGAAAAAGAAUGUGAGCUCCGAAUUGAAGCCAGCGCUGACUCGCCCCUCCGUCUUCGGCUCUUGACUGGCACGGCUGAGAUUUUUGGGACUGAAAUCCCUCCUGGAAUCUGGCUCAACUUCCCUCCAAGACUCAAAUUUGCAGUUUUUACUUGGUAUGGAGCCACAAUCGAGAUGGAUGGUCCCACUGAAACUGAUUAUACAGCAGAUGAGACGCCGAUGAUAAGCUAUAUAAAUGUCCAUGCUGUACUUGAUGGACGAAGAAAUCAUGCCAAAGCUUCGGCUGGUGAUUCUGACACUUCUCAGGGCCCAAGAGUUAUCGUCGUGGGACCUACAGAUUCUGGAAAGAGUACUUUGUCAAGGAUGCUUCUUAGUUGGGCUGCUAAACAGGGAUGGAAACCUACUUUUGUGGAUUUGGACAUAGGUCAAGGAUCGAUAACUAUUCCAGGAUGUGUUGCUGCUACACCAAUUGAGUUGCCUAUUGAUCCAGUUGAAGGAAUUCCACUUGAGAUGCCUAUGGUCUACUUCUUUGGACAUGUGACUCCUAGUGCCAACGUAGAUCACUACAAGGUACUCGUCAAAGAGCUAUCUCAGACUCUGGAGAAGCAAUUCUCUGGUAAUGCUGAAUCUCGAGCUUCAGGCAUGGUAAUAAAUACGAUGGGAUGGAUAGAGGGAGUUGGUUAUGAGUUGCUACUCCAUGCGAUUGAUACGUUCAAUGCCACAGUUGUUCUUGUCUUGGGUCAGGAAAAACUUUGUAGCAUGCUAAAAGAUGUAUUGAAGAAUCGGCCUAACGUGGAUGUGGUGAAACUUCAAAAAUCUGGUGGUGUUGUAUCAAGGAAUGCAAAAGUACGGCAGAAAGCGAGGGGCUACAGAAUACGGGAGUACUUUUAUGGCCCUUCAAAUGACCUCUCACCACAUUCUAAUGUAGUGAACUUCAGUGACUUGUUCGUCUACCGAAUAGGGGGUGGACCACAGGCUCCACGCUCUGCUUUACCUAUUGGUGCAGAGCCUGCUGCAGAUCCUACAAGAUUGGUUCCUGUUACUAUCAGCCGGGACUUGCUUCAUUUGGUUCUUGCCGUCUCAUAUGCCAAAGAACAAGAUCAAAUAAUUUCCAGUAAUAUCGCUGGAUUCAUUUAUGUAACCGACAUAGACGUGCACAGGAACAAGGUAACAUACCUCGCACCAUGUGCUGGAGAACUUCCAAGCAAAUAUCUAAUUGUGGGAACCUUAACAUGGAUCGAAAACUGAAGGUAGUGCAGCGGCCAGUGGUAUUUCGGUCUUUGAGCUUUUUGCUUUUCCGUCGAGAGAGUGGAACAGAAUGGAAAUGCCCACUGAGCUUUUUUGUGUUGUGGAAAUUAGUAGGCUUUUCUGUGAUGACUGUAUAAUACUACUGUACCAUAGGUUUAAAGCUUUAUGGGGAAAACAUCCGAUUGUACAAAUAACAAAAGCUCCUCAUCUUUUAUACUGCCAAAUGAUAUUGUCAAUUGUCUUUUGACAUCAUUUGAGUUAUAAACUUAUUUGGGCAGAAAACAUUUUGACA